AAACGAUAAAAAUAAUAAUAAUUGUGUUAAUAUUUGAAGUGUGUGCGAGUUGUUAUUAAAAAUAGUGUUAGUGUGAUUUUCUCUUAAUAAAGAGGUGUUAAAAUAAUCCACAAAAAACAACAAAUAAAAUACAAAAAAAAUCCCUGCGAUUUUAUUUCUUUUGAUAAUUUUUUUUGCUCGCUUUAUAAUUGUUUGUGUCUGUACCAACAAUCAGUUUUAAUCCUUUUUGUUGAAAACUCGCUGAGUGUAAAACAAAAGAGUGCCUUUUUCACCCAGUUUAAAAAAUUUGAAAAAAAACAAAACCAGCUACGACUGCUGCUAUAUAAACAUCACCCCCUUUAUUAGCGUGCUAUUUUUUUUAUUUAAAAUAAAUUGAAACCAACCAUCCAUCCAGUCAGCCAACCAACCCAUCCAUCCAUUUAACUAACAACGAACCCUAAACUAAAUACAACAACUUCAGAAAAACGAAAGAAUACAAAAAAAAUUGCUAUAAAAACAACCAAUAAAACAACAAAACAAUAACAAGCCACCCCGUGCUUUGAUUUCUUCCUCUUCUUUGCACAUUUUAAUUUGUUUUUGUUGUUUUGCUUUUCUUUUUCGAUUCACUCGCUCCUUUUCCCUUUAGAAAAAAACACAGUUGUUGUUUUUGGUUUUUCUUGCAACACUUGCUACAUUUAACCGCAUUUUGCCGGCAAACAUAAACGAACAAAAACAGCUACAACAACCACUAACAACUACUACUACAACAACAAGAACAACACCAUAUUAACAAUAGGAGUAGUAGUGAACUUAACCAAAGCACAACAAACAACAUAAACAUUAACAACAACUACUACUCUACUCUACACAACAAAAGCAAUAUCAAUAAAAACAAACGGCUAUAAAUACAACAACAAUAUAAAUCUGUACAAAAGGAUAGAGAGAAAAAACAAAACAUUGAGUGAACAAAACAAAACAAAAAGAAAUAAAUGCAAAAUUAAGCAACAAAACAAAACACUAAGGCAAAGUUUUCAAACAAAUCUAUAAAAAGAAAUUACCGUUCUUAUAUAUAAAAUAAUAAUAAAAACAAAUUAUCCAAAAAGUAUUUUAUUUUUACUUUAAACUUUAUCCUUUUAUAUAAUUCACUAUAAACUUUUUAUUAAAAAAAAAACUAUACUCUGUAAUAAACUAAAAAACAAUGUUUACAAGAACAUUCAGCAUAAAUAUUAACAAAUUGAGUUCCUUUUCAAACCGCUCCACAACAACAACAACAAGAAAAAUGUAUUCAUCAUCCUCCUCUCAACAACCUCAAAAACAACACUGCCUUUACUCUGGAAAUAUUUACCGUCCUUUGUUUGUCUCAUUAUUAUUAGUGAUUGGUUUAUUGAACCCUGUUCUCCAGGCACAUGCAUUGGAUUCAAUAACCGCUCCACCGCCUCCUUUGGCUGCAGCUUUAGCUGCACCCGGGGGUUCAUCGAUCCUGGAACAAUUUAGUCCAAAUUGUAGUGCUGUUGCACAUAUAUUUCAAAGUCGUGGCAUUGAUCCGGCUGAAAUACCGCAGAAACCUAGUAAUGAAAUGGGUUUGCGUUACUGUGAAUCGCCCUCAGUGGGUACAUGCUGUACACAUAGUAUGGAAACAAAAAUGGCCAUGCAAUCACGUCUUCAAUUGGAGAAACAUUCCAAAGAGCAGAUUUUGAAAAUGUCAAGUAUGCUGAGCGGUAAAGCGCAAAAAUUUAACGAACAUUUUCGCAAACUGCUGCAAGAAUCCAAAGCGGAAUUCCACAAUAUGUUUACACGCACUUAUGGUGUGAUCUAUCAACAGAAUUCCUAUGUAUUUUCUGAUCUCUUUAAUGAAUUGGAAAACUAUUAUACGCGUGGCCGUGUCGACCUGCUAGAUGUUAUGGAUACAUUUUUCAAUACAUUGUAUCAGAAAAUGUUUCAAGUAUUAAAUGCUCAAUAUACAUUUGAUGAAAAAUAUCUACGUUGCGUUAGUGAACACAUGAAGGAACUAAAACCCUUUGGUGAUGUGCCCGACAAAUUAUCCGUCCAAAUCAAAAGAUCAUUUGUAGCCACGCGCACUUAUGGUCAGGCUUUAGGCACAGCAGCUGAUGUCUCCAAAAGAUUAGUUAAUGUACGUUUAAACGCUGACUGCACCUCGGCUCUAACGAAAAUGCAACACUGUGGCUCUUGCAAGGGUUACACCGAAAAACCCUGUACAAAUUAUUGCAUUAAUGUGAUUAAAGGUUGUCUACACUAUUACAAUGAAUUGGAUACAGAAUGGGAAAACUAUGCCAUGGCCAUGGAGAAAUUAGCCGAACGUCUUCUGGGUUCUUUUAAUAUUGUUAUGGUGGUUGAACCCAUAAAUAUUAAAAUUUCAGAGGCCAUUAUGAAUUUUCAAGAUUCCGGCCAUGAUAUUACCACUCGUGUUUUCCAGGGAUGUGGCCGUCCUACCUUGGGCCGUGCAAAACGCAAUGUAAAUCCCAAAUUCGUGGCCACAGCUCCGAACAACAACCCAGAAUCUAAAACUCUGAAAAAACGUUCAGCUAGCGCUGAUUUCUUAGACUUUGAACAACUAGAAACUGAUAUUUUAGACAUUGAUGCUGCCUUAGAUGAUGCUAUAGUAUUGCGCGAACGAAGAGCGGCCGAUCCUGGUAAUCGUGAUAGUAGUGAAGGUGGUAGUACUAAUAAUAACGGUGGCAGCAAUGCUGGAGCUGGCAGUGGUAACAACAACAACAAUAAUAAUAACAGACGUAAUAACAAACGUAAGCAGCAAAAUCGCAAAAAUGAUGAGAAUGAAUAUAAUGGUCGUGAUCCGGCUUUGGAUAAAUUGGUCAAGGAUAUUAAGCAAAGAGUUAAGGACUAUAAGAAAUUCUGGUCCAACUUGCCACAUCAAAUAUGCAGCAAUGAUGAUAUCUCAACCUCAACCGAUGCUGAUGGUAUGUGCUGGAAUGGUCACACUAUUGAUAGAUACAUGCACUCGGUGACUACAGAACAUGGUUCCAAUCCAGAAUUUCCUGGAAAUCCUGCUACCACUAAACAAACCAGCCAGGUUGCUACACAGAUACAUUAUUUGAAAACUGCCAUUAGCCAUUUGCGUAAUGCCUACAAUGGCCAAGAAGUGGAAUGGAGUGAGCAAGAAGAACCUUACUAUGGUAGCGGUUCCGGUUCUGGUGGCGGUGUUGAUGACGAAGACGAUGAUGAAGGUUCCGGUUUGGGUAGUCCCUUUACACCUAGUCACAAACCAGAUCAUACCGAUCGGCCUUCUGUCAAUGUCAACAAUGUCGACGACGAAGAUGAGGAAAUCGUGGAGGAGCGCACCAAUUUGGGCGGCAAUGUUGGUUUGGGUGGUGGCAUACAAACACACACCUCACGACCCCAUAGUCCACACGAAACGAAUGUGUUGGAGGAAGACGAUAGCGAGCAUCAUGAUCAUAGUAUUGAUGAUGAGGACGAUGAAGAUCUCAAGUCAAGUGGGUCGGCGGGUCCACAGAAAAUGUCCUUACGUCGUGCUUUAUUUAUGUAUUUAAUGCCAUUGUAUAUGGCCUGGUUUGGUGGCAUUAUUGUCGAUAUGCUGUGAUUUGUUAUUUAGGUUUUUAUUUGUUUUAUAUUUUUUUAUAAAGAAAAUUUUUUAAUUUAACAUUUUAAACGAAAAAAAAACUAAAAAAAGAAAGUAUGUGAAAAGGAAAUUCUGUAGGGAAAACAAAAAUUUUAAUUUUCAAGGAAAACAGAAACAAAAAUUUAAGAAAAGCAGUGAUAUAGCAAGAGAAAUAUCCUUAACAUUGCAUAUUCAAUUUGUAAAACAAUACAAAAAUUAGUACUCGAAA